CGCGUCGGUCUGAUCUGGGAAAUUACUGGCGAGGAGUCGGAUGAGAUAGCGAUCAAAUUGUGGAAGGAAGCAUAGCCUUGCGGUCGUCCGACGGCGAUAAGUGAACAGUGGCAGAGAUGGAGCGGCUGAUAUUGCUCUUGCUGUCACCGGCAAUUUUCGCCGAACGACUCAAGAUCAAUGAUCCUAAUAACGAGCCGUUUCUACCGAUAUACCCCACCUACCCUUACAACCCUAAGCUAAUCAAACGAGGCGCCGAGCAGGAAUUAGUAUCACAAUUAACGCCUGAGUCGUACGAAGCGCCGAAGGAAGAUACCAGGGAUUCCUACAGCACCAGCUAUAACAACAAUUACCAAAGAGACUCCUAUUCCAAUUAUAAUCCCUACGACAAAAAUACCUCACCCUCGCCCAUCUACAACCCGUACUACAACGAGAAUCCAUACGCCUACACAAGCUCACCAUAUGUGGCCUACAACCCGUAUCCCACGCCGUACCAUGCAAUGAGUCCUGCGGCGUAUCCCGCGCCCUCGUAUCCGGACUAUUACUACCAGCCACCCUAUUACUAUUCUCAUUAUUUCAAUCACGCGCUAUUUCCGCCGCCGCCACCGCCACCGCCGCCGCCAUUGCCGCCCCCAUUGCCGCCCUCAGUAAACGUCGAUUAUCGCGAGACAUCGCAGGACUCCACCGAGACGGAGAACGACAAGCAGGACAAGGAUAAGAAGAGCAAGAAGCCAAAGCAGGACGAAACGAAUCGAGACGCGUCGGCGAGCCAGUUCGUUGACGGCGGAAACUACAUAUCCGGUAACUCGAGGGAUCUCGACGGGCAGUCUAGCACGUACAAAGUAACCAGCCCAUACAAUCAAGUCGAGCAAGAUGUUCAGGUGAAGAACCCAUCGAUUCCUUUACCCAAGACGACGUACAGAGUAAUCAGCGUGGCAGGACAGCCAGUUGGUCCGGAUUACCCUCUGCCCGCUCAGUACGUCAAGGCUCAGCAGAUAGAGCAUUUGAUGAGCCAAACAUUGGCCAAGCUCUUCGCACAGAAUGAGCAACAGCAAGUGGGUCAGUCUUAUGAGAGCAAUAAAGACAGCCUGAGCGAUGUCAACGACGGAUCGAACGUCAAUCAAGACACUUACAACCCAAGCACACAGUCGUACGUGGCCGUUCCUGGUGCGAAAACCAAGACCGGUGGUUACGUGAUAAACUCUGAUGGUGUCGCCAAAGUCAACGGGGAACAGGUGAAUUCUCAGGUGACGUCGUCUCAAACUACCUCGAGCAGGAAUGCGAAAUACCCCAAUAACUUGUAUGUACGGAAGCCGGCAACGCACGCGAUACUGGGUCAACCCCAAACAACCUUGGACCUCUCCCAAGUGACGUACGUUUCGCAACAAGGUAACCGCAACAAGCAUCGCGAGCGAGUGAACAGUAGGCCGACAGAUCACGAAUCAACAGUAGCAGACGAAUACGACUCUUACGACGUGACGCAGAGCUACACUUCCAGUCCGUUCGACAGCAAGCGAGAACAAAAUUACGAAAAUUAUCAGAGGCAAACGGGUACAUACCGCAGUAAGGAUUUCAUUGCCGUGCCUCAGACACCCCGAACAUACAGCUACCAAUAUUCAGCUUACGAAUCGGACCAGGCGACAACGGCGGAGCAACCACAGCAGGACAAAGUCAAUUCGGAUGAUGGCGACUUCGGGGUUAAGCAGUACAAUAAGGGUUGACAAGGGAUUGAUUCAUGCGGCAAACGUAUAUACGACAUAGUGAUAGAAAGAUGGUGCUCUCGUACAUAAGAUGUACAUUGCAGUUGUUGUUGUUUUACAUUUAUAAAGUCAUUAUUAAAUCGAAGCAGCUUCCUUCAUUCUUGACGUUAAGGUGCUUCAUAUACUCUGUUGAUAUUUAUUAGUAUGUUAAUUACUUUUCGUACACAAAAAAUGUUCACCGUUUGUGAAACUCAAUCACGAUAUCGUACACUGAGGAAGAAAUGCUUGAAAACUUACUUAUGCGGGGGAUACAAGUUUAUUUUACAGAAAUAAAUUUUAUUAUUCAGAAAUAAAUUUAUACUUUAUAUUCCACAAAUAAAUUUUUAAAUAUAUUUUUCUCAAUGUACGUUGCGUAAUUUCAUUGUCUGUCGCUUUAAAGAACGAAUGAAAAAAACAAAAUACUGUCACAUACUUCGUAAGCUUUUUACACUUUGAAAGACUCUUCUAUAUUUAUAUAAAAAAUUAACAUCGCGUUAUUACUCGUACUUGGUGAGGGAUAAUCACGAGACAAAAUAAAUCACAUUUCUACCUUCACUUUGUGAAAUAAAAA